AUGUUACAAAUUGUAGAUAAAAUCACCAGAUUUGAUGCUAUUUAUGAAAUCAAAGACCUCAAACAAAAUGAUUUUGAAAAUUAUUACAAAAAUGUCAUGAGAAACCUCUUGAUAUCAUUGAAUAACCUAAAGAUAUCAAUAAAAACUCCUAAGAACAAUGUUUUGUUCGGAAUCUUAAGUUAUUUAAACAAAAUUGAAAUAUUCCAAGAGUUUUGUGGCCAAAAACAAGUUGAAACACAAAAGUCAAAGGAAAUAGUUAUAUCAGGAUUCUACAAAUCAUCAACAAUUGAUGAUUUGAUCAAUCAAUUUUUGAGAUAUCUGACAAACGUUGAUUCUGUUCUUUACCACGGUAUCUCAAUGAUGGUGGACCAAGACAACAUGGUCAAUAUCGCAUACGACAAGUCCGAAAUCUUCAGAAACGAAAUCAAAAAAGGAAAAGAAGGAAAAAUUUCGGAAGUUUUCCUAUCGGUAUCGGACAUUUUCGUAAUUGUGUCCCAUGUUCUUUCGAUUUCUGACUACAUCGAAACACCUUUGUCGUUGAAAUGCUCAAUAACUUUCUUAUCUCUCAUCCAGAAGUUGGCUAAGUACAAUUCUGACAUGAAGAAAGGCUCAAAGAACAAAGAUUUCAUCAAUAAUCUUAUAAAUGACUUGGAUUAUCUGAUAAAUAUUAUCGAAUAUCCGAAAUUCAAGGAACCAUCCACUCCAACAUCAUUUAGAUUAUCUCAAUAUGGUUUCUACAACCUUGUUUUGAGAUUAUCUACUAUUUUUAGUUUCAUUAUUGAAUUAUCAACGUGGAGCGUCAUUCCUUUGAUGUAUGAAGAGGGUCAGAGGGACUUUUUAAGCCUAAUGAAUGCUUAUAUCCCUAUAACACAGACUUGUUCUUCAUAUUUUUCAAAUUUAGAUCCAAAAAUUAAAAAAAUUUACGAGAAAUUCGAGAAUUCAGCGCAAAAUCUCGUAAAUGAAUCAAAGAACAUCAGAAUUGGACCUGAUUUCGAGUCAUUCCUCCCAGCUUUGAACAGUUUUGCUUCAGAUUUGAUUUCAUUAUCAAAUUCAAUCUCAGAAAUGAAGCAAGAGAUGUCAAUAAAGAUAGAUAAGAACGUAAUCAACCAAAUACCAGAUGAUUACAUACUCCCUGUCACUCCAGAAAUAGGAAGAUUGCCAAUUUCUGUUUUCAAUGAAAUAAAAAUUUUGUCAAAACCGUUUGACGAAAUUUUGACGAAGAUUUCAAGUAAAUUAUCAAGUAUCGACGAAAAUAAAGUGAAAGAAAUCAUCAAAUCAUUAAUAGAAUUCAGGAAAAUCGCAGAAAACUUUUGCGAAAUUUCUUUAUCAAUGAUUUCGUCUAUUCCUGAUUUUUCGAACCAAAUUCGAGUCCAAACUGUCUUGUACAACAUCAGUUCUUUGAUAUCAUCAUUGCAGAACAUUGUAAGAUCGAAGCUGUUGGGUACUUUGCAAAAUGACAAAGAAAUUUCUGAAAAUUUGACAAAAAUAAAGUGUCAAAAAGAAAAAUUGAUAAAUCUGACACAAGAAAUAUCAUCACAGAAUGUUGUUAAAAACAAUGAUGAUGCAAGUAAUUCAUUAACUGUUUGUGCACAAGAAGUAGGUGAAACUCUUUCGAAAUUGUUUGUUUUAGACGAAAAACAAAAAUCGAAUUUCGACUCAAAAAUUUUACUUUCUGCUGCAAGAAUUGUUGAAAGAGCUCGCCAACUGACAAUGAUGCAGAUAGAGAAGCAUGGGCACAUUGACAAUGAAAAGGGAAUGAUUCACGCCGCAGGGGAAGUUACUGAAGCAGUAAAAUUGUUUUUAAUUGUUGCUGAAAUGAAAAAUGAUGAAGAUUUGAACUACAAAAUUGUUUCAGCUGCAAAAAUAAUCAAUGCAAGUGUUGCUUCUCUUGUCGCCUGUGUUAAUGUUAAAGGUGGCGACAAAGAAAAGAUUAUCAAUGAUGAAAUUAAAAAUUUGAAGAAUUUCACUGAAAAAAUUAUCAAAGAAACUGAAGCGAAAAUUUUCAAGAAAUUAGAAGAAAAUGACAAGAAAGAUAACAAGAAAGUUAUGAUACCUGUUAUACUUAAACUAAAUCUUCAGAAUGAGAUCAACGCACAAUGGAAGAAAUGCGAAGAAGAAGAGAAGAAAUUAUACGAAUUUCGAAAGCGCAAAAUUUGA